AUGGGGGAGCCCAUGCUCUUCCCUAUGCUCGUCGUCCUGGCCGUCAUCCAUUACCGCGCUGCUCAUGAUUCCCCCAUCCCCCAAAACUCAUCGAGCACCGAGUAUAAUAAGGCUGACCACAAAGGCUUCGCGGCCCCCAAUAGCUGGCUACUACCGCACAACCCAUACCCAAGCAAGCUCAAAUCCGUCGUCGCAUCGCACUACGCCAGCCUCCCCAGCGUCUCGUUCGACGCGCACCCCUCCCAAACCUUCCUCUCGCGCUACCCGGCCAACAAGACGGCGCUGUACGUGGAGCCGCGCGAGGGCGUGACCUUCAUGGUGCCGCUGCUGCUGCACAUGAUCCAGGUGGUGCCGCCCGACUGGCGCUUCGUGUUUUUUGGCUCGCAGGCCACGGUCGACAAUGUGCGCGCCAGCGGCACGGCGGCCAUGCACGAGCAGUUGGGGAAACUGCACGUGAGGAAUCUGGAGGAGCAAUGGGGGGCUGGGUGGGGGAGGAUGGGGUGGGAUGAGAAGGGACAGAUGAGCAUGGAUGAGAUGAAGAAUCGGUUGUUGACGAAUCUGACGUUCUAUGAGCGCGAGUUGGCGGGGACUGAGUGGUUGUUGACGUUUGGGAGUGAUGCGGUCUUGUGCUCGAAUUCGAAUGCGAGUGUGGACGAUUGGUUGGGGUGGGACUUUGUUGGGGCGCCGUGGGGCAAUGGUGAGCGUUUCGGUGGUAACGGUGGCUUGAGCCUCCGGCGACUGUCGCGCGUGCGUGAGGUGCUCGAGUUCCAGCGACGAAUCGAUGACACCACCGCCGAGGACUAUUGGAUGAGCGCUCGUCUGGCCUUGUUGCCCGAUGCUAAUAUGUGUCCGCCUGGAAAGGAGCGGGAGUUCGCAGUAGAUGAGAUCUACCAUGAGUGGCCGAUGGGCUUCCACAUCAACCCAUCACGCUUCUCUGAGGCAGUGUGGAGGCGCCCGGACCAAAGACGUAAGAUCUAUGAUUAUUGUCCGGAGAUCAAGAUCAUACUUGACAUGUACCUCGACCGGGAGAAAUGCCCGCAGCAGAUCGAUGAGGAGCGCAAGAUUCUCGAUGAUGUGCGCAAGGAGGAAGAAGAGAAGCUGAUGGCUCCGGAAAUCGCGGCACAGGAGGCCAAGAAACAGGCGGAAGACCUUGAACGUCAGAGAGUGCAGAAGGAGUUUGAGGAGGCGGAAGAGAAGCGCAAACUAGAGGAGGCCGCCGUGGCGAAAGCCAAGGAGGAGUUGAAGGCGGAGAUGAAGGCGGAGGAGGAGGCAAGAAAGAAAGUGGAGGAGGAAGACGCAAAGAAGAAAGCGGAGGAAGACGCGAAGAAGGCUGGGGAGUCGGAAGUCAAGGGUGCUAGCAAAAGCACGGAACAAGAGAAUGCCAACAGCGAUUCUCAGUCUACAGGUUCGACUUCGUCCGCCACAGGCAAGGAUCCAUCUUCUGGCGAUGACCAUGACAAAGCGGCAGCUGGCGGCAGCGCACAGAUCGACUCAUCAUCGAAGGAUAUGGAGGCGGCCGGGGAGAUGAUCGACGACCAUGACCGGCAGGGUGGUUUUGCUCAGAUCGAGAGCGCCGACUCCGUGGACCAUUCUGCAGUUCUCGAAGAAGGUGACAGUCCAAUCGCCCUGGACCCUGAUGGUAUUGACAUUGGCGCACCCUUCGUUCAAGAGGGCUAG